GAGCAGCAAAUCGUAAGUGAAGAUCUUUCAAGAAAUCUCAUUCGAUCUGUAGUGUCUGUUCGACCCUAAGCAUCAUGGGGAAGGAAAGUUUGGCAAGCGCGAUGAAGCUCGACAUGUCGGCGGACAGCAUCACGGUGUCGCGGAUUCCGUUUCGACACAAUCGUGUAGGGAGUAUUCGAUACAUCGUUCUGCUCGCAGGGUGCUUAGUGUCUUUGGCGCUUGUGCUCUUGAUCGCCGGUGCAAUCAUGACGGCCCUCAUAUUCACUGAGGUUCGACCGCCCACGGCGGACGAAAAUUACAACAGAUACCUCGGAUCGGAUUGGCGCAGCGUCAUCGGUCCUCUGAUGAUGGGCAUGGCCGGUUUCAUGGUCAUAAUGGGCUGCGUUCUGACUGUAAUGGGUUAUAGGUCUGCCGCUGAAGAUCGCCGCUUGAUAUUCGCAAUGCAGAAGGCAGCUGAGAUGGACACGUUCACGGACGACGGAGAAUUCAGAUGAGUGGGCCGGCUAAUCAGCGCUGUCUACCACCUGACGAUUUCAUACUCUCAAACCCGCCACAACCCACCGUGGAACUCGUGAGAAUGGAGCCAACGUGUAGAAUCGGGAGCCUGGAGAAUGAAUGUUGAUGGAAAAAUCAAAACCCAGCGAGCCAAAGCAAUUCCAGGUGAAUUCAUCCUCAUCCCUCGAAAUCGAAUAUCCUCGGCGAACCUGUAUAGAAAUUAUAGUCUGUUCGCGCAUCAUGUUCUCGCAUACUCGGCCCGUCAUCACAUUAUGUAAAUAAAUGAGUUUUCACUUAAUAUUUAAUCGGAACGAA